AAAGAUUUACAAAUUAUUUAAAAAAUCUUGAUAGUCGUAACUAAUCAAUUUGAAGUUUGAUUAUUUUUGUUCACUUUUUAUUGUUUUUUUGUUCUUCUUUAAUGACAGUAGGGUUAAUUUAAAAAAAGAUUUAAAAACAUUUUAAUGAAAGAAAUUCUGUGCAAAUAAAUUUGAUGUCUAAAUUUUCAGUGAAAACAUUUAUUGUUUUUUUAGAAAUUUCCAAAAAAAAUGCCUAGUUGUCCUCCAACUUGUUCAAAAGUCAAAAGAGAUCUAAAGAAACUAGCUGCUGAACAAAAAAAAGCACAAAAAGGAAGAUCUGGACCAGCGCCAGAAAAAUCGACAGAUUUAGAGGUGGAAAUAAAUAAUUACGAAUAUUCUGUUGAUGAUACAUUGUCAAAAAGUGCGAGAUCAGGAAAAAGCUACAAAAGUACAGAAAUAAAAAGUUUAUGCUCAAGAUCAGGUAGAAGCUUAAAGAAUAAAGGAAGUGAUUUUGAAGAAAGUGAUUUUGAAAAAAGUGACGAUGAUGAUAAUGAAAAUAAUGAUGAUAAAGAAUCAAGAGAUCGACGAUGUGAUAGGCGUCAAUGUUUUCAAGUGGAAGAAAAUUUACCGAGAACAAAAAGAAGAGAUCGACGAAGGAAUCGAGAAGAAUACGAAUCAGAUGAAUCAGAGGAUUAUAUAUCAUCGAGUCAUAAACCCUGUUCCUCAGAAUGUUCUUCAAAGAAAUUGAAAGGUGAAACUAUAAAAAGAAGACAAAAGGAACCUGAUGAUUAUCGUCCUAACAAAGGAAUUUUUGACGACUUAUGUAACUGUUCUUCCCUUUGUCUAGUUAAACAAUUAUGGGCUGAAACACAUAUUAGAAAAUUUAUAGUUUCGGUUGCACUAUUGGGUGUGGGUAUAAAACUUUGUUAUGAUUUGGAUGGUUUUCAAAUCCCAGAUAAAUUAUCCAGAUAAUAAUUGAAAAAAAAAUUUUUAAAUAAAUAUAACAAUAUUCUUUAAUUGCAAUUUUAGUUUAAAUUAGAUCUACAAUAAUUUUGUUUAAUGAAUUCCUGAACGAUGUAAAUUAAAAUAAUAGUCGAUAUUAAAAUUAAAGCUGACAAAAUAUAAAUAAUAAGAUUUAAAUCCA